AUGAGUGACUAUUUGAGCAAGCACAAGACACUGUUAUUGAAUGUUACUUUGACCAAGACAAAUGUAACAGGUCUUCAUCCAUACACGGAGUACUUAGUAGGAGUGGCUGCGUACAACAGUAAAGGCGUUGACCAAACCCUUGCUACUAUAGAAAACGUGAAAACGAUUAGAACCCUAGAGGGAGCCCCAAGUGCUGCAAGUGGACUUACAGCAAAGUUCAUCUCUUCUUCUGAUCUUGAGAUUCAAUGGGAGUUAAUACCCAACGAAAAAGCUAAUGGCGUCCUACUUGGUUAUCGCUAUGUCGUGUAUGAUAAUCAGUUCCAAAUAGUAAUGAACGGGACAGUAUCAAACAGUACUAACAGCACGCAGAUUAAGGACAUGAAAAGAUGCGCAGAUUACACUGUUUACUUGAGGGCAUGGACAGCCGCAGGGAUUGGCAAGAAUGCAGUAUUUAAUAUUACUAACAUUUGUGCUCCACCCAAGAUCAUUAACCACAAGCAAAUCGUCAUUGUAACCCCAAAUAAAGCUGCUGUACUGCACUGUAACUACACUGGAUUCCCUGCUCCUUCAGUCACUUGGAUGAUAAACGAUC